AUGCUCCCCGUGCAGCACAGCGUGCCCAAGGCCAACUCGGGCCAGCGCAGGCUGUACGUGAUCCUCGAGCAGGCGUGCCUCGAGGCGUACCGCGUCAGCAGCGGCGCAAAGGCCAAGUCCGGCCGGCACGCCGACGACGGCGUCAAGUAUGCGCUGCUCAACUGCGACGACCACCAGGGCAUCCUCGCAAAGAUGGGGCGGGACAUUGCGGAUGCGCGCCCGGAUAUCACGCACCAGUGCCUGUUGACGCUGCUCGAUUCGCCGCUCAACAAGGCGGGCUUGCUGCAAAUUUACAUACACACGGCCAAGGGCGUGCUCAUCGAGGUCAACCCCCAUGUGCGCAUCCCGCGGACGUUCAAGCGGUUCAGCGGGCUCAUGGUCCAACUCCUGCACAAGCUGUCCAUUCGCGGCGUCAACGGCUCUGAGAAAUUAUUGAAAGUUAUCAAAAACCCCGUCACCGACCACCUCCCUCCCAACACCCACAAAAUCACGCUCUCCGGCGACGCCCCCACCGUCCGGCUCUCCUCUUACCUCCGCGCGCUCCCGGAGACGCACUCGAUCGCGAUCUUCGUCGGCGCGAUGGCAAGGGGCAAGGACGACUUUGCCGACGCCGUCGCGGACGAGAAGAUCAGCGUGAGCAACUACCCGCUCAGCGCGAGCGUCGCGUGCGGGAAGUUUUGCUGUGCGCUCGAGGAGAUGUGGGAUAUUAUCUGA